AUGGCCUUCAUAGCGUUCCUUUACGUAGCCAUUCUAGGAGUCGUCGCUGCAUACAAGGACCAAUGCGGUAUGAAUUCCAAUGUGUCUCCUCUUAUGCAGCCUGAUUCGCACAACGCAACCAACGGACCGUGGAGAGAUCUUUCCUGGGGUGAGAUAAACUUCAUUCACACGACGGACACCCAUGGAUGGCUGGAAGGCCAUCUAAACGAGGUAAACUAUGGCGCGGACUGGGGUGAUUUUGUCUCUUUUGUGAAGCAUAUGCGUGACAGGGCUAAACAAUUGAAUGUUGAUCUUUUGACGAUUGAUACUGGUGACCUCGUCACGGGAAAUGGUUUGAGCGAUGCAACAAAGAUAUCUGGAAGGGUGUCAAACAAAAUAUUUGAGAACCUGGACUACGAUCUACUCACCAUCGGAAAUAAUGAUUUAUACUCCAUUGAUGGUGCAAAGGAUAUUCAUGCGAAUUUCUCGAAGCUCUACGGGGAUCGAUUCCUGACAAGUAAUGUUGAUAUUAAAAUCGACAACAGCUUUGUCCCCAUCGGACAGCGAUAUCGACAUUUCACCACGGCCCGUGGUCUCCGGAUUGUAGCGUUUGGGUUCACCUUGCUAAAGUUCAAGCACGAUAACCAGAUCCAUGUGAAAAGUGCCAAAGAUGUGAUCGACGAGCAGUGGUUCAAGGAUGCUCUGGAUAUAACUGAUGUGGAUCUUUAUGUUAUUAUAGGACAUGCCGAUGUCCGCGAACCAUGUCAAUCGACCUCCACCGAUAAUCCGCUGAUCUGCAUGGAAAACUACAUCCGAAAGAAAGGACAACAUGUCCCCAUCCAAGUGUUCGGAGGCCAUACGCACCGAAGGGACUUCAAAUGCUUCGAUAGUGGAUCGUCUGGUCUGGAAUCAGGGAGAUACGCCGAUACAGUUGGAUGGUUGGCUCUCAGCAAUGUCUCACCCACGGAGACCUGGAAUGGAAGUAGAACGCUACCUGCAGGAAUCACUAUGCCCAGUAAAACGUGUCCACCAGCCACUGCAGCGAUUAAACAAACAAAUGUCCCAAAAAUUGACCGUCGCUAUCUUGAUUUUAAUCGCUGGACAUUCGCAUAUCAUGCAUUGGGCGCACCGGGCCCCGAUGUCCCUGCCACAUUUGAUACGCCUCUGGGACGAAAAGUAUCGGAUGAUAUCUGGAAGACUCGCAAUGAUCUCAAUCUGACGACUUAUCUUGGCUGCGCACCGAGGUCGUACUAUCUUUGGGCUUGUCCCGAAGGCCAGCCAGGCAAUAUUUAUACAAUGGCGAAAGACGCGCUUAAGACAACAGUGAAGAAACCAAGCCCCGCACUGCCAAGGAUAAUCAUUUUAAAUAAUGGAACUUUUCGCUACGAUUUAUACCAGGGUCCCUUUACGGUCGGCGAUGCUUUUACAGUUGUCCCGUAUGCUGACAACUUCCAAUGUAUUCACAACGUGCCCUACGAGACCGCAAGCAGCGUUGUCCACGGUCUGAACAACGGCAUAACAUGUAAUAAAACUAUGUCUGGACCAGAAAUCAUUAACGAUGACGAUAGUUUUGACAGUCAUACUAAUGGUGCUCUAGUAUCCGGAUGGAGGGCAAGCACACAGCAGGCUAAACUAUCUCAGCAGAAACUUUCUCCCCGUCACGUAUUGAAUCCUAACCCAGGACACGCUACUGUUGAUGACUUUGGGAAUUGCGCUACCAAUCCUGAUUCCCCUGAAUGCGGGGACGACACGAAACACACGCCUAUUGAGGAGAAUAUUGCAAACCCGAAGUAUUUUCAAGUACAGGAUGAUAUCUCCGACCUGGAUGUUGCUGUAGAUCUCGUCUUCACAAGUCACACGGUCAAGGAUAUUCUGAAUCUGGAGGUCAUCUGCCAUAAAUACGACAGUAAUAAUGUUAGCGACUAUAUGGACAAAUCGUUCACAACGAGAGAUUUUCUCCAGUUUUAUGCAAAGGAAAAGUGGCAGAACAAUACAACCGAGUGUCAGAUUGGACCAUAG